UCUGACUUCUCAUCACACCUAAAAACAGAGCAGCAACAGAGUGUUGAAUAUAUAAUUAGUAAUGGGAAAAGACGUAGAAGCAGCAACAGAGUUUUCAGCAAAGGACUACACAGACCCGCUACCAGCACCCUUGAUUGAUUUUGCGGAGCUGAAACAAUGGUCCUUUUACAGAGCUGCUAUUGCUGAGUUUAUUGCCACUUUGUUAUUUCUUUACGUAACUGUACUCACGGUUAUCGGCUACAAGCAACAGUCAGACGUUGACGCUAAUGGCGACGUCUGUGGCGGCGUUGGCAUCCUUGGUAUUGCUUGGGCCUUUGGUGGCAUGAUCUUUGUUCUUGUUUACUGCACCGCCGGUAUCUCUGGAGGACACAUUAACCCGGCAGUGACAUUUGGGCUGUUCUUGGCGAGGAAAGUGUCACUGAUCAGAGCCUUGGUGUAUAUGGUAGCACAGUGCUUGGGUGCAAUAUGUGGUGUGGGUUUUGUGAAGGCUUUUCAAAGUGCUUACUACGACAGAUAUGGUGGAGGUGUUAAUGUGAUGGCUCCUGGCCAUACAAAGGGUGUUGGUCUUGCUGCUGAGAUUAUUGGUACCUUUGUUUUGGUCUACGUUGUCUUCUCUGCCACUGACCCCAAAAGAAGCGCCCGAGACUCCCAUGUUCCCGUAUUGGCUCCACUUCCAAUUGGAUUCGCAGUAUUCAUGGUCCACUUAGCCACCAUUCCAAUCACCGGAACGGGUAUCAAUCCGGCUAGGAGUUUUGGAGCAGCCGUGAUUUACAACCAGGACAAGGCAUGGGACGAGCACUGGAUCUUCUGGGUUGGUCCAUUUAUCGGAGCCUUUGCCGCCGCUGCCUACCACCAGUAUAUCCUUCGAGCUGGUGCCGUCAAAGCUCUCGGUUCCUUCAAGAGCAAUGCCUAAGACUUCUCAUUACUCAAUAUGAUGAAUAAAGGGCGCAAAAUUGAAUGGAAAAUGAGCUAUGCAAAAUUGUAUAUAAAGAGGGUGUCUUUUUAUCCCUACCAGUAUUUAAUUUUUCUCCUUUGAUUUUCUUUCCUAUUUGUUUCUAGUAAUUCGUAUGUGUGUAAGCUUCAGUUCCUUCUUUUAUAUUCUUUUCGUCGUAGCUCAUUCUAUCCUUGUGUUUGUAUUAUUUCUUCACUCCUGGUAAUUAAAUGAAAUGCUUUGUGUCUUUAUCAAUCA